AUGCGAGCACUUACGACCGAUAAACCUCGAGUACCUUGGCGUCGCUGCGAAAAAGCACGAUACAAGCGCACUGCGGCUGAAAAAGCAGUGCUGAAGGAAAAGAGGGAAGCUCAUCGUGUUUCAUACUCUAGCGCCCUCCAAGCUGCUCGCAACAUUGUCUUUCAUGAGGCAGAGAAAUUGCACGCUCAAUUUAGUGGGCAUAGUGUCCAGUACUACUAUGAGGAGAUAAUGCAGCACUCACGCAUUGCCCAGUCAUCUCGUGGUGUCAAUCGAUGGAACACAUUUUGUCGACAGGAAGUCAAACGGAUGAAUGAUGAACGAGCACCUGGCAUUGCACCCUUGAAAGCGGCACAAUGUGCUGGUGAAAUUGCUGAGCGGUGGAAUUCCAUGUCAAAAAGUGAGCAGGAGGAUGCCACUCAAUCCGCUGUCAAGGAUCUGGAAGAUCACCGUGAAAUGAAGAAGCUUGCUGUUCGAAAUGUCCCCCUGGAAGCCUUUCACGAUUGUCAAAAGUCAGUGGGGGCCAUUGACCGUGAGGCUCGUGCCCUGAAUGCCCGCACUGGGGUUGAGAUCAUUUUCAUCGCAACACGCUCCACUGCUGACCACUUCAACCAACCACAUGUAUUUCAAACCUCGCGUGCUACAGACUUUUUUGAUGCGUGUUUCAAAGUUAGUGCUAUGGACAUUGCUCUAAGACUAGAGGCGUUUUCCAUCGCUGGCGUUCAAGAACUGGCUGCCACUCCCGAGAGAGUUUCUCGCAUGUAUUAUCACAACUUUGACCAACACAUCACCAUGAAGCAUCACAUCAUUGUUGAAAACUGGCCGCUUGCCAAAUUCUGCUGCCCUGGGGACAUCAAUUCGUGGACUGAAAUAUCUGUCCUAAAGUCUGCAUGGGACUCCGGUGCCACUAGAUUUCGCAAGCUCACCGAUGCUGAGUUCGAUGAGUGGGAAGAGGAAUGCUUUCAGGCUGCACUGCACGACGGGAACAGAGGAGCAAAUGGAAAUGGAAAUGAGGGCGAGGAAGGAGAGCUCGAGAACACGAUACCGACUGCAAGCAUUCAGUCUUCCAUCCCUUCGAAUGAUGAUGGUUCAUCUCCGACAUCCUCUGCAACUCCAGACACUCAAUCCCAGGUGGCUCCCUCUCGCAAGCGUACAGCGCCAAUUGCGGCCAUCAGUGUUGUAACCACAGCGAACGGAAAUGCUAUGCAUGUGCCAAAGAAGGCUCGGAAGGGACGAUCUGACAAGGGUGUCAAGCGCGGUCCUCGAAAGAGGAGGGAUGCCCCAGCUAACGAUGACACUGGUGACAACGAGCCCCAACUCAACACCGUCUAG